GGUCUUUCGGCUGAUCAGAUCGUUCCGCCCCUCUCGCCUUAUAAAUAUAUUUUCUGUUGUUUUUAACCUUGCUUUUCAAAAUUCUAAAGAAAAAAACAGCUAAGUAAAAAAAAACUUUCGGUUUGUUUUCGAUACCAAUUAGAAGAGUGCCUUUGCUUUAAAUCUAAAUCAAACAGUUGCAAUGAGUUGCCUUAGUCUACGUGUGGCUCGACAUGCGCCCCUUCGGAAUCUCCUAGCUCGUAAGUUUCCGUCCCCUACCGACUGCCUUCGCAUGUCCUCGAGUUGCGAUAAAAAAGAGCCGAGCACUUGCGGAAAGGUAUCCUUCAUAUGUGGGAAGCCAGAGAUGAUGGGCAAGAAACCGGAACCGUCCAAGGUUAAGGCGCAAUUCAAGUCGAUGUGGUUGAAUCCCUUCUGUGACGAGGAGGAACCACACUGUCCUUACAAUCCACGCUUUGACGACAUUUAUUACGUGGAAUCUGACAAGGCGGCACGCAGAUACUGGCAGACCUGGGUGUCUUGUCCUCCACUUCAGAUCAAGCCAAAGAAGAUAUGCUGCAACGUGAAAUCCGAACAGCCACCUCUAAGACGUCGUAAGCACGGUAAGCCAAAGACUGCUUGCGCUCAGCCGGAGCCGUGCCCGGAUCGUUCAUUUAUCGAUUGUCCACGAUUCAAGCGUAAGUGCCACAAGGCGGGGCGCAUACCGCCCAGUUGUUUCAGAUCUAGAGGGCCAAGCCAUUGUGCGAAACCGCUGACUCCCUAUCCGUCGUUUUCCGAAUGUCGCCGCCUGAAGCCCGAGGCUCCCCCUUUGAGUGAAUGCAUUUGCUGGAGGAAGCCAAUGUUGUGUGAGGCGUGGGUUGAAUUCCGUAAGCGAGCCGAGCAAAAGAAACUAAAGUAGUUAGUAUAAACGAAGGAAGAUGGAUUUCAAAAAGCGGCUUUGAUCAAAGUUUGAGCUGUCUCUCAUAACGCUCAUAUUGAGAAAGGAAUAUAUGGAUGUAACAAUAAGAAGGUUCUUUUUAUUGAUCCGACGUGAACGAAAGUUUUUUUCUUACAAAAAACAAAAGAAUGCUCAGACUUUUAUUUGGUAAAUUAUAUGCCCUGAGAAAUGUUUA